AUGAAAUUCAUUCAAAUCAAUUUGGAUUUAACUGAAUGGACUGGCGAACAUAGUUCGAUAUUACAACAUGAUUGUUUGCAUGUUCAAAGUUCAUUCAGAAUUGAAAACGAUCCUUACCAGAUUCUUUCCUAUUGCUUAAGUGAAUGGCCAUCGAAAUGGAAUAUUUCAAUUCCAAAUAAAUCUAAUCAAAAGCUGAUUUUCGUCGAUCUCUACAAACUUAAUAUAACUAGUGAACAACUCUUUCUUUGGUCAACACCGAUCGAUAUCAUUGAAAACUACGCAUAUUAUCUUAGUCACCUCAAUGACACAUCCCUAUCAAAGGAAGUUUAUUAUAACUGUACACUACCGAGAUUUGGUCGGUAUUGUCAAUAUUCAUUCGCAUAUCUUCAUUCUUCUCACCAAUCCUUGGAGAGAAUGACCUUGGACUAUUAUAAAGAUGUUGAUAGUUCUCUGACGUGUUAUACACAGUUUCGAUGUAUUUCUGCUAUUCCAACAUUCUGUCUUGAUUGGAGUGAUAUAUGCAAUAACAUAAUUCAAUGUGAAGAUGGUCGUGAUGAAAUCGAUUGUUGGCAGUUGGAUGUUAAUCAAUGUGAAGACAAUGAAUUUCGAUGUGUAAAUGGCCAAUGUAUACCUUUGAUAUUUUAUAGUGAUCAUGCCCUCUAUCCAGAUUGUCUCGAUCGAUCUGAUGAAUCUUACCCGAUUUUAGGCGAGUUUCUCGAGCUAAGCUGGGUACCAAUCUUUUCCCACGAAGAUAUUACUUGUUGGCAUGAAGACUGGUCUGAUACUUUAAAAUAUACCACUUCAUGUAUUGGCGGAGAUCGCUUCGAAGAACGACAAAAACUCAUGCUUUCAGAGAGAACAGAAUCUAUGUCGGAAAUCUGUUGGAUGGCGUUAAAAUGUUAUCUGAGACUUGUCGAUCCUUACAACUUCGAAUGUUACAGUAAUGAAAAGCAGAAAAUUAUUGCUGAAAGUUGUCCAGAUAUGUUUUAUAUGCCACCGGUGCCAGUCAUAUACGGACAUAUGUAUUUAGCUUAUACAAAAAAGUACCUUGUUGAACAAGAAGUUUGGACAAACGAACCCGAAUACAUUUGCUAUAACGAACGAUUGUGUGGCGGAUUUCAUCCAAAUCGGACAAUAGUCUAUUUUAAUAAUACAGUUUGUCAUUUAGCAAAAGAUUUUCCUCCAUAUGAAAAUUCUUGGAUCGAGCAACUGAUACGUAAUACUGUUUACACGUAUGCAUAUGUCGAAUUGUAUAAAUGUAAUACAAUUCAACACAAUUCCACGAUUUGUAAUCAUCCAAUGAUGUACCGAUGCUGGAACUCUUCGAAAUGUAUUUCAAAGUAUCGUUUACUGGAUGGAAUUAUCGAUUGUGAUUUUGCGGAUGAUGAACAAUUGACUGAAGGUAAAGAUCCUUGUUCCAAAGGAGAAAACCAGACGCACUUUUAUUGCAAAGAAACUCGCAAAUGUAUUUCCCGUCGAUUGAUUGGUGAUCUUAUAUGCGACUGUUCCUUCGAUCUUUACCAAAUGUGUGAAGAAGAAAUUCAAAUUCUUUAUACUAUUCGCACACAUAUCUCAUUUCAAACAACCUGUGACGGGUUUACUGAUUUGAAACCGUUGAAAAUCGAUGAUCGAAAUCAUACAGAUGAAACCGAUUGCAUACAAUGGCCAUGUAUAAAUAUUUAUACGCGUUGUGAUGGUUUGUGGAAUUGCCCGGACGGUGCUGAUGAAGUUGAUUGUCAUCCUACAUCGCUAAUCGAUUGUCCAGUGCGAAGUCAUGUAUGCAUUUCCCCGGUAACACUGAAUUUGACUUGUCUUCCUAUCACAAAAGGAAAUAAUGGCGAAAUUGAUUGUGUCGGCGCGAUCGAUGAACCAAGAUUGUGUCGAAAGGAAGUUUAUUCUUUGUCAGAACAUGGAUUCUAUUGUACAUUUCAUGGGAAUGAGGUAUGUUUCUCGCGUCACUCGAUCUGUAAUGGACACUUUCAGUGCGAUGGAGAUCAGGAUGAAAGAAUCUGUAAUGAUGGCAGCAGUAUCAAUUUAUCUCGUCUCACAGACAUUUGUGCCAAAGAACUAAUGACAUAUUCGGAGAUGGAUCAAUUUCUGUGCAAUCAAUUCAAAAUGACGCGUGCUCCAAAAUUCAUCUAUUUCACCUUGAGCGAGAAAACCGAACGAUCAAGUCAAUCGAAUGUGAAUACCGAAGUGAGUACUGAACAUACAAAAAGUUGCCACCGAGGUCUUCCUUUACAAAUUUGGAUCGACGAAAACAAAAAUGAUCUAACAUGUCUUUGUCCGCCGAGUUAUUACGGUUCACAAUGUCAAUACCAAACUGACCGAAUAAGCUUAACAAUGCAAUUUCAAUCAUUUUCUGAUUCAUGGCAAAUACCAUUUCUGAUUGUUGUUUCACUGAUCGACGAAGAAAUCAUUCAUUCCUAUGAACAAUUCGUAUAUAUUCCAAUGAAAACAUGUCAAACGAAAUUUAAUGUUUAUUUACUCUAUGCCGACCGACCAAAAAACCAAUCCAAGAAAUAUUCAAUACAUGUUGAUGUUUAUGAAAAGAUCUCUUUAACAUAUCGAGCAAGUUUAUUCGUUCCGAUCAGGUUUCUUUUCCUACCAAUUCAACGUAUCGCUGUUCUAUUCAAUAUCCCAUCGAAAAACUAUCAAAUAAAAUAUUGUCAAACGAAUGAAUGUCAUCAUGGACAAUGUCUUCAUUAUUUUAACGACGAAAAGCAUCGGAAGUUUUGCCGAUGUGAUCGAGGAUGGACUGGUCACGAUUGUUCGAUACCACAUGAAUGUCAAUGUUCAUCCGAUUCGUUGUAUCAAGGUCGUUUGCCCAACAAUCGUUCGAUUUGUCUUUGUCCAGUGAACAAAUGGGGCCAUCGAUGUUUACUUCGUGAUGAGACGUGUCGCGAGAGCAGUAAAUGUCAAAAUGAUGGUCAGUGUAUUUCGAUAAAUCCAAUUGAGAGAACGUUUCAUUGUCUUUGUCCGCAAGGUUAUUUUGGUGAUCGAUGCGAAAUACGUUCCAAUGAAUUGAUUCUUUCAUUUUCAAAUCGAAUUCCCUUACCUGAAACGAUCUUCGUUCACUUUAUUCAAGUUAAAGGUAAGAAUUAUCCACCGGCAACUGGUGUUACAUUCAAAAGGCUUCCUUUUGAUCGCAAACCCACUCGGAUAUUCUGGUUGCGACCAUUUCAUUUGAUCUUCGUCGAAAUCUUCGUUAAUAAAUAUUACCUGAGUUAUGUUGACCACAUUUACAAUCAAUCAAUCGUUAUUCACAAAGAAAUUCAAUCGUCUGAUCGUUGUCCACAUAUUCGUGAAGUUUUCAACGAAACGUUCUUUCAACUUCAUCUUAUCGAACGAAUAAAAUUCUAUCAUCUAUCCUGUCAGAACUUUCGAUUGAAUCUGUCGUGUUUUUACGACGACGUCCAUCUUUGCAUAUGCACAGAGUUUCAGCAUCAACAGCAGGCAAACUGCUUCGAAUUCAAUCACACAGUUAAACGUGACUGUAGCGGGAAAAGUCUUUGUGAAAAUGGCGGGCAAUGUUUACAAGAUAAUCUUCUUUGUCCUCAAACAUCUGUAUGCAUGUGUCCAAAGUGUUUUUAUGGAUCAAAAUGUCAGUUUACCAGCAAAGGAUUUAGUUUAUCUCUUGAUGCAAUUUUGGCUUAUCAUAUCCAGCCGAAUCUUUCGCUUAAAUCUCAACCGAUCAUUGUCUGGAUCAGUUUGAUCAUCGUCAGUUUGCUGUUGGCAUUUGGUUUUAUUGAUGGAAGUUUUUGUUUGUUAACAUUUAAAAACAAAGAUUUGUUAGAGAAUGGUUGUGGAAUUUAUCUUCUUUGUUUAGCGUUAACGACUUUGUUUACAACGGUGGUAUUUUCCUUCAAGUUUUACAUUUUGUUGAUUUCUCAGAUGGGUCUCGUAACGAAUCGGUUAUUUCUAUAUGGACAAUGUCUGAUCGUUGACUAUUUGCUACAAAUUGGUCUUCAAAUGAAUCAAUGGUUGCAUGCUUGUAUAGCUUUCGAACGAGUAAUCACGGUAGUCAAAGGAAUUCAUUUCGACAAGAAGAAAAGUAAAAAAAUCUCAAAAUUUGCUGUUAUUUUUCUAUUGAUUUUUCUUGUGAACGUUAACUUAAUUGAUCCAAUUCAUCGGCAAUUGAUUGACGAUGAUAGUUAUGGUGACGAACGUACUGUGUGUGUUGUGAAAUACCACUCGAAAACUCGAUUAUUUCAUCGAACAAUGAGUGCAAUUCAUUUUACGGUUCCAUUUCUGAUUAAUUUCCAUGCAGGAAUACUUAUUAUUUUUCAAACAGCUCAACAUCGCACAAUAACGAAAAGUGAUACAGCCUUCCAACAGCUAUUAAGGCAACAAUUGCAAAAGCAUAAACAUCUCCUGAUUUCAUCAUUGCUUUUAUUUAUUCUUAAUUUGCCAAGAUUAAUUAUCACAUUUGCUGCUGGUUGUAUGGAGACGCCUGCGAGUUCGUGGUUGUUUCUUAUGGCAUAUUUCGUUUCAUUCGUUCCAACAAUGCUCAUUUUUACUAUCUAUGUUUUACCAGCUAGAGCAUAUAAACAGAAAUUUCGUCACACAAUGGCUACGCUUCGACGAACCGUUCAGAGACGAUUACAUGUCGGUGAUCAAAUUUGA